AAGUUUACAAUGAAGUUAUCACUAAUGUUUUGUUUAUUAAUAUUAUUUUUUUUGUUAGUUUUAUUAUUUGAAUCUGAUGGACAAAAACAAAACACUAGAAAAGUUAAUCAAAAUAAGGGUCAAAAUGGUGGCAAAAGCAGCGGCAAAUCAACAGCUAAUCGAAAAACUGGUUCAAAAGGGUCGACAAGUGGGACCUCAAAAGGUUCGUCUAGUAGUGUCUCAAAAGGAUCGACUAGUAGUGCCUCAAAAGGGUCGACAAGAGGUAACUCUAAAGGGUCGACAAGAGGUAACUCAAAAGGGUCGACAAGAGGUAACUCAAAAGGGUCGACAAGAGGUAACUCUAAAGGGUCGACAAGAGGUAACUCAAAAGGGUCGACAAGAGGUAACUCUAAAGGGUCGACAAGAGGUAACUCAAAAGGGUCGACAAGAGGUAACUCUAAAGGGUCGACAAGAGGUAACUCAAAAGGGUCGACAAGAGGUAACUCUAAAGGGUCGACAAGAGGUAACUCUAAAGGGUCGACAAGAGGUAACUCUAAAGGGUCGACAAGAGGUAACUCUAAAGGGUCGACAAGAGGUAACUCAAAAGGGUCGACAAGAGGUAACUCUAAAGGGUCGACAAGAGGUAACUCAAAAGGGUCGACAAGAGGUAACUCUAAAGGGUCGACAAGAGGUAACUCUAAAGGGUCGACAAGAGGUAACUCAAAAGGGUCGACAAGAGUUAACUCUAAAGGGUCGACAAGAGGUAACUCAAAAGGGUCGACAAGAGGUAACUCUAAAGGGUCGACAAGAGGUAACUCAAAAGGGUCGACAAGAGGUAACUCUAAAGGGUCGACAAGAGGUAACUCUAAAGGGUCGACAAGAGGUAACUCAAAAGGGUCGACAAGAGGUAACUCAAAAGGGUCGACUAGUAGUGCCUCCAAUAGACGUCCAACUGGCGAAUAUGCUUUUGUUAAGACUGGGCGAAGAAAAAGUAGCUUGUACGGUAAACCAAUUCCCCGGGGUGUUAAUCCACCUCAUUAUAACAAAUUACUUGAAGGAAUUUAUUGGGAAGCAAUUAAAAAGAAAGAGGACUAUUAUAAAAGAAUUGUUAUUAAAAUCUGUCAUGAUUUAAGUAAACGAUGUUUCUAUCAUUCGUGUAAUGCUAAUAAUUGCAAAGAAUCAUAUUAUCAUUGUAAAAAUGGCGGCGGUUGGUAUCCAUUUGGUUUUAAACUAAAUACUGUUUGGAGAUGUAGAAAUAAAAAAUGGACUAACGAGGAAAAAGUAGUAAAAAAAAUUUGA